AUGAAUUGGUCCAGAUGUACUUUUGUACUCUUUUCUCUCUUCAUAGUUUUAAAUGCAAAAACUCAAAAGACACCGCUGUGUGGAUCCUGUGAUAAGGAUUCAUGUCCAGAUGUUUCAGGAUGUAAUUUGAUAAAAGUGGAUCAGUGUGACUGUUGUAAGGUAAUAAUGAAUUAUGUACAAAAAAACGACGUUUAG